AUGGCCAACGCAGAGAACAACACGCACUCUUCUUCUUCUUCUGAAAUAUGCGAUCAUCUUCGUCCCUACAAGAAGAGACGCUACGUUUUGCAUGGCUUCACCAACGUUGCCACGUCGAAAAAAUCUGUAUUACAAUUUCAAAAACCCGUACCCAUGUUAAAGAACCCUCGACCAUUGCGUGAUCGUUGCGUUUCUGAUAUUUACGAAUACCUACGUUGGAUCGAGAUAGAUCCUACUAGGGCACCCUCACCUAAUUAUAUUGAGAAAGUUCAGUGCGAUAUUAGUGCUUACACGAGGGCUAUUGUUGUGGGUUGGUUGGUGGAGAAGACCGACAAAUACGAACUUGUUUCGGAUGUGCUCUAUUCUAGUGUUGCUUAUUUGGAUAGGUUUCUAUCCUUCAAUAAUACGCCCAUAGACAAGAUGCUAUUGCUUGGACUUUCUUCCUUGCUUGUUGCUUCAAAAUAUGAAGAUAGGAGGGCACUUACUAUUGAGGACCUUCGUUACAUUGCGGGUUACUCAUGCUCUAAUCAGGAGGUUGUGAACAUGGAAGCUGAUAUAUUGAAGGUUUUGAAGUUUGAAUUGGGUUCUCCUACUGUGAACACAUUCUUAACGAGAUUCGUUACGGUUGGUCAAGAGGAUAUUGAUAAUUCUAGUCUUCAUUUUGAGCCCCUUAGUCGUUACAUUGCUGAACUCAGUUUGUUCGAUUAUCAUUGUCUAAAGUUCUUGCCAUCUUUGGUAGCUGCGUCUGUUGUAUUUCUCACCAGAUUUAUAUUAAGUCCAAACACAAAUCCUUGGAAUUCAAAGCUUCACCAAAUCACCAGAUAUACACCUGCUCACAUGAAGGAAUGUGUUCUAAGCAUCCAUGACUUCUACCUUAGAAGGAGAUGGAGUUCUGUAGAAAUUGUGAGAGAGAAAUAUAGACAAAGCAAGUUCAAUUGUGUGGCAGCAACACCAAUUCCUCCAGAGAUACCCCUUUCAUUUUUUGAAUUUAACGAGACAGAUUUUUAG